UUUAAAACCGUAGAAUUACCAUAUAAGAUAAACCUUUAUCUGGUGUGGUCGUAUAAGCUCUCUGUCUCUCUUGCUAUGUAGAAGCAGACAGUGACCUGCAAAUGGAUUUGAAAGCCGCUGUUUUAAAACGCCUUUGAGGUUCGAGCCUUCAAAAUCCAAAUACCUAUCUCUGUUUGAAUUUACACUAUCCGAUAGAUCGUCUUCUUUCGGGUUCGGAUCCUUUGAUUUCCGAAACCGCCCUCCUUUCUUCUCUCUUUCUCUCAGAUUCUUUGGACCCAUUCGCAAAUCUCCUUCUCUCCUUACUCAAAUCUGUUUUCAUGGACCUCUGAAUAUCGCAGGUAAGGAGGAAAAUUUUCGGCCGUGUUUGUUUUCUUUUGUUUGGUUGUUGAUAAAUUGAAGGAAAACUAAAUCUCAAUGUCCAAUGGAUUUCGAUAGUCUUGUUCCCAUCGAUGGGCUUGAAACUGGCUAUCAAAAUGGUGUUCAUGAGCAAAUUCCUGCCUCUGGGGAUGGUGUUGUUUCAAAUAAUGUAAAUGGGACUAUUGGGAAAAUUGCAGUCUCUACAGGGCCAGAUGAAAAUUUAGACAAUGCAUCUAAGUUGGAGGACUUAACUAUUCAUAUUUCAUCUGCUGGCGAGUCCAGGGAAGAGUCAAAUGUACAUGUGGGAAGCAAUGGAUUCACUGGUUCUAAGGAAGGGGAAAUAAAAGAUGCUGAACAUUCAGAGCAUGUCAAAUCACUGAAGGGUCCUGGAAAGGGCAAGAGCGAAAAGCCAUCAAACACAAAAAAUGUCUCAGCCACUCAGACUAAGAAGAGCAAGGAUGGAAAAGUUGCCAGGGCACCUCCUACUGUUUCAAAUGGUUCACUUUCAUCAAAUUCACAGUCAAAGCAGCCCUUGACAAGUAAAUCAUUCAAUGAGAAGCAGCAUUCUGGGAAGUCUGAUGUGGCAUCCUCUGAAGGCCUCAUGGAGAGGACAAAAGUGAAAGCUUUGAAGAAAGGACCUAACAUUAAAGCUGAAGGGGAGUCACAAACUCCUUUAAGUCCCACUUCAGAAGAGGCCAAACCUCGCAGGGUGGGUACACUUCCCAAUUAUGGUUUUAGCUUUAAGUGUGAUGAACGAGCCGAGAGAAGGAAAGAGUUCUACUCUAAACUUGAGGAAAAGAUUCAUGCCAAGGAAGUGGAAAAGAAUACCUUGCAAGCAAAAUCCAAGGAAACCCAAGAAGCGGAGAUCAAGUUGUUCAGGAAAAGUUUGAACUUUAAAGCAACGCCAAUGCCUAGCUUCUAUCAGGAGCCUCCACCGCCUAAGGUGGAGCUAAAAAAGAUACCCCCAACAAGACCCAAAUCUCCCAAGUUAGGUCGAAGGAAGAGUUCAUCUCCUGUAGGUCCUGAAGGAAACCAUGGGCAGAGUAUUCAACCAGGUCGGCUAAGUUUAGAUGAGGGAAUGUCGCAGAACAACUCUGCCAAAGGACCUUCUCCUGUUCAUUCAAAGAAGCCACAGCGGAAGUCCCUCCCGAAACUGCCUUCUCAGAAGAGCAGUUUAUCGAAUGCAACAAAUGAUGAAAAAACUGCAUCAUCUAAAGUAACAAAUGAGGAAAAUGCCACCUUGUCUAAUCCAAUGAAUGAAAAUGCAUCUCCCAUCCAAAAAGAUGAGGAGCUAGUUGUUGGAGAGCAAGCUCAGCCUACUUUAGUGCAAGAACCAAUAGCAUCCGAGAGUUGAUCAGAGCAGCACUGGAAUCAGAAGCUCUACAAAGGCCUUGAAAAUCCGUGUCCGUAAAUAAGUGGUCAAGACUUGAAUCAUCGCACAAUGAAGCUAUGGAUUGUGAUGUCAUGUUUGUCAGUAGUCAGCAGCAUUGGUUGUUUUGUGUGCCUGCUUGCAUGGCUGCUGAUCUUCUCAAUAGGAUUCUUUAUUCUGCUUGCAGCAUUGUAUGUUACCAUUUUCUAAAAUUACCUUAUUUAUGUUGUUAAGCAUACUUUAUCCGUUUGCUUAUUGAAAAAAAAAUAUAUAUAUAUUUUUGGAAAAAUUUUAGAGGAGUCUGCUGCUAGAUAGCUGGAGAUUAGAAAGUGCUGUCUGUUUGAUGAUGAAGGCUGGUUUGUUCUGUUGUAUAUCAUGGGAAUCCUUGUGUUC